AUGCAGCAACCGCCAGAUCAACAGGCUAGUCUGGCGUUUCCGCCCGCGCAACAUGCCGUGCCAACAACCGCCUACUUUGCCUACCUGCCAACACCAUCACGAUGGACCUUCACACAGGGCCUUAUCGUCGGCCAGCUAUCUAUGGUUCUCGUAGCAUUGCUGCUCAUCCGAUAUGUCAUCUUCGAGGACUCGGCUACUGCUCUUGAAAAGGAACGCCUGAUGCGUCUCAAGAUAUCGGAACGUCGCUCCAAGCGUCAUGCCAAGACUCUCUUGCAAGGUGCUCGCAGGGCAGCAACACCCUCGUCCAAUCCGUUACGCAAGUCGCACCGCAUCUCAUCAGAUACCCGAGCCUCUGUGUUCGCCAACAUCCUCGACAAGACCGCCUACGACCUCUCAUCCCAUCUGCCUGAGAGCACCGACUGGCUCAAUGUUAUGUUCGCCCAAGCCAUCGCAGGAUAUCGCGAGGAUGUCCUUGCCGGAGGCGUCUCACCAGAUUUUCCGACCUCAACUCAUCGCGCAAACACCCGGCAUGGUGGACCCGGCAUCCAAUUCGGCACUGACCCUCUCGACCCACCCGCCGACCUCGAGCCGGAAAAGGAGCGAACUGCACGCGACCUGAUGGAGGAGAUCCUCAACCGCACCUCUUCCUCCUUCCUCGACCCCAUCCGCGUCACAGAAGCCGACUUCGGAGAUGCCUACCCCAUCUUCACCAACGCCCGCGUCCGUCCAGCCGACGACACCGGUCGCACGCGCAUCGAGAUCGACGUCGACUACUCGGACCAGAUCACCCUUGCCAUCGACACCAAGCUGCUCAUCAACUUCCCCAAGCCCCGGUUUGCCGUGCUGCCCGUCUCGCUCAGUCUGACCAUCGUGCGAUUUUCAGGGACGUUGGCGAUCGAGCUGUUUUCUUCGGAUCCCAAUGCGACGGUUCUUCCCACCGCCGCUCCGGCGAGUAGCAAACAGAAGAUACCACCACCCCGGUCGCGGCAUCAGCUGCAUUUCUCGUUGCAUCCAGAUUUCGCGCUAGAGGCGUCGGCGAGCAGCCUGUUGGGCUCGAGAGCGAAGUUGCAGGACAUACCCAAGAUCGAACAGUUGCUCAUAUCGAGGCUACGAGGGUGGAUCAUGGACCGCUUCGUCUGGCCACGAUAUUGGUCUUUGACCUUGCCCAACCUGGUACCCUCUCCAUCUGCGGCGAAAGACUCCGACGCUGCCGAUGCAGCCACGACGCAGGGCGCGAGCGUUCAAGGCGACACUGCAUCGGUCGAGUCCGUCGGCGGACCUGGGCAAAUGAAGGUGGGAACAGGCAUCGAGCGACCGGACGAGUCGGUCAUCCAACCUGGCCAUCACGAAUCGGUGCGACAGGAGAUGCUGCACGCCUCCUCGGAUCGACAAUCCUCUUCCUCGAGGCCACCACACGUUCGGUCUUCCUCGUCAGCCUUGGGUCCGCAUUCGGCGCGAAGCAUCCCCAGUAGCAUGGGCAGCGUCGAAGCCUGGCGUGCGCACACAGCGGGUUUGUACUCGCAGCAGCAGCACGCGACGAGUCUCACCCAGGCCGCGCUCCGCGCCAACGGUGCGGCCACCGAGAGCGCACCGGGUUCAGACGUGCACAUCGAGGUGCCGGGCAGCUUUCGCGGGUCCGUCGCGGGAGCUGGGAUCGGUCUGGCCUCGUCUUCCACCGCUUCGAUGCCGAAUGGCGGGUUGAGGAAUCGGCCUGGAUUUGUUCAAUGA